UCUUUUCCUUCUUCAGUAAAUAAUCAAAUAAUAAUCCGUCAAAAUGGGUCGUAUGCAUUCAUCUGGUAAAGGUAUCUCCUCCUCCGCUCUUCCAUACUCAAGAAACGCUCCAUCUUGGUUUAAAUUAUCUUCUGACGAAGUUGUUGAACAAGUCAUCAAGUACGCCAGAAAGGGUUUAACUCCAUCUCAAAUCGGUGUUAUUUUAAGAGAUGCUCAUGGUGUUUCUCAAACCAAGGUUGUUUCCGGUAACAAGAUUUUAAGAAUCUUAAAAUCUAACGGUUUAGCUCCAGAAAUCCCAGAAGAUUUAUACUACUUAAUCAAGAAGGCUGUCUCUGUUAGAAAGCAUUUAGAAAGAAACAGAAAAGAUAAGGACUCUAAAUUCAGAUUAAUUUUAAUCGAAUCCAGAAUCCACAGAUUAGCUAGAUACUACAGAACCGUUUCCGUCUUACCACCAAACUGGAAAUACGAAUCUGCUACUGCUUCUGCUUUAGUCAACUAAUUUUUUUGGUUUACAAAUAUUUCCUUCUUCUUACUUACUUGUAUAGUUGAAACAUCUGUAAUUCAUAUUUUUAUUAGUUUUAUUAAUGUCAUACCACUGUAAUAAUAGAAUGUAAACUAUCGAAUAUAUUAUUACUAUGUAGAGCAAUGUAAAAAUUUAUUACGCACUAUAUAA